AUGUCAUUGAAAAGCAUAGUUCAAGAACCCAAGGGAAUUAAAAAUGGAAUAUCAAAGCAGGGUCCUGAGAGCGAGCAUUUGCUCCAUCGGAUAGUGUCGCAUCUUGCUAUGGAUUCACUUCCAAUUAAACCUCUUCCAAAGGGAGAAUGGGAAACUCUACCACGUGAAUUGCUUUUGGACAUAAUCCGUAAGGUUGAAGAAAGUGAGACAUCUUGGCCUGCACGUGCUGUUGUUGUCGUCUGUGCUUCAGUAUGUAAAUCAUGGAGGUCCGUCACAAAAGAGAUCGUCAAAACUCUUCAGCAAUGUGGAAGGAUCACAUUUCCUAUUUCAUUGAUGCAGCCUGGUCCUCGUUAUCAUCCGAUACAUUGCUUUAUAAGGAGGAACAGAAGAACUUCUACAUUUCUGUUGUAUCUGGUGCAGUCGGAGAAUAAGAGUACUAAGUUGUUAUUAGCUGCCAAAAGGAUAAGAAGGUCCAACUUCGUCAUAUCCUUGGCUGCGGAUGAUUUUUCUCGAGCAAGCAACAAAUAUGUUGGUAAACUGAGGUCAAAUUUUUGGCGCACCAAGUUCACUAUAUACGACAGUCAAUCUCCAUUAUUUGAUGAAACUCUUUCUUCUUCACCAGCACUGAAGGGAAAACGUCCAACGAAAGAUUCAUACUUUGCAAGCCUAUCAAAGCUACCAGAAUUGAGUCGAGGCUCAUUCGAGACCUUUAUACUAAAAAACAAGGCUCUUAGAUGGGAUGAGAAGCACAAUGGUUGGUGCCCUGACUUCAUGGGCCGUGUUAAAGUAGAAUCUAUGAAAAACUUUGACCUUGUAGCUGUUGUUGAUCGAUCUCAUAAUGUUUCUCCAGGAGUGCGAAAAUGGCCAAUCUUGCAGUUAGGAAGCGCGGAUGGGAAAGAUAUCUUCUUCAUGCACUACACUUAUCCAUUCUCUGCCUUCCAAGCCUUUGCCAUCUGCUUGAUUUGUUGCAUAUAA